UAUUACAAGAUAACCAAACUCAUCAACAUUACAUGAUGGAAGGUGUCAUACUUUACAUCUCCCUCUCCCUCUCCACCUUCUUCUUCCUCUCCCUUUGGGCUCUCAUCACUUUCCUUCACAGGAUAUGGUGGAAACCAUUUCAUAUACAACAAAAGCUGCAUUCCCAAGGACUUAAUGGUCCUCCUUACAAACUCCUCUACGGAAACACCAAAGACAUAAACAAGAUUAUCUGUGAAUCCAUGAACAAACCAUUGGAGCAGUUCACUCACCAAAUUCUCCCCAAAAUUCAGCCACAUAUCUAUGAAUGGUUACAAAUCUAUGGGAAGAAUUUGCUUCUUUGGAUAAGCUAUAACCCAGAAAUUAUAGUCACCGAACCAGAACUUGCAAAGGAAAUACUUCAAAACAAAGAUAAUGAUUACCCAAAGAGAGAUGGAACAAGUUUAUUAAAGAAACUGUUCGGUGAUAGUAUUGUUGCAUCUGAUGGGGCAAGAUGGGCUAAGCAAAGGAAUCUUGCUACACAUGCUUUUCGAACUGAAAGCUUGAAGAACAUGUUUCCUGCCAUGGUUGAAAGUGCUGAAGUGAUGUUAGCCAAAUGGAAAGAACACAAAGACAAAGAGAUGGAGGUGUUUGAAGAAUUCAGACUGUUGACAUCUGAGGUCAUUUCCAGGACAGCUUUUGGUAGUAGCUAUAUGGAAGGAAAACAGAUCUUCACAAUGUUGAUCAAGUUAACUUCCUUGGCUGUUGCAAAUGGUUACAAACAAAAACUUCCUUUCUCUGGGAUCUUUGGGAGGAAUAAAGAAGAAAUAGAAGCAGAUGAUCUUAAACAAGGGAUAAAGGAUUCCAUUUUACAGAUAGUGGAUAGAAGAGAAAAGUUGAUGAUUGAAAGCAAAGAUCUUCUUGGUUUGCUUCUAAAAGCUUACAGAAGUGAAGAUGAGUCUAAUAGGAUUACACUAGAUGACAUAGUAGAUGAAUGCAAGACAUUUUACCUAACCGGACAUGAGACCACAGCAACCUUACUAUCAUGGACCAUGUUUCUUUUAGCACUCCAUCAAGACUGGCAAGAAAAAGCUAGAGAAGAGGUUAUCAAUGUGUUUGCUAAAGAUCGUCCAAACCCAGAAGGCCUUUCAAAGUUGAAAACGAUGAACAUGAUCAUCAAUGAGUGUCUAAGACUAUAUCCACCUGUAAUCAGCCUACAAAGAAAAGCCAAGAAAGAAGUUCAUUUGGGAAAGAUUCUUGUUCCAUCAGAAAGUCAUUUAUCUGUUGAAAUGAUGGCAGUUCAUCAUGAUCCUGAUAUAUGGGGAGAGGAUGUACAUAUGUUUAAGCCAGAGAGGUUUGCUGAAGGAGUUGCUAAAGCUACAAGAAAUAAAGUUGGCACAUUCAUUCCCUUCGGUUUCGGGCCUCGAAUGUGUGUGGGGAUGAAUUUCGCGCUUAAUGAAACAAAGAUUGCACUCUCAAUGAUCUUACAGCGAUAUGCAUUCGAACUCUCACCUACCUAUGUUCACUCGCCAAUUAUCACAAUAACAGUUCGCCCACAGUAUGGGGUUCCUCUGCUUCUUUAUGAUCUUUAGAAACAAGAUUUAAAAUGUACACUUAAUAAGGGAUUUGUACAGCCCUUUAAGACUUGUAAUAAAAAUGUCAUUUACAAUUGCCAAAAAUGAGAUAGCAUGGAUGAUGUAAGAGGAUUUGAAAUAAAUUUUCUAUUCAAUAGUUGCCUACU